CAUUCAGAGAAGACGGAUCACAAAAAAAGAAAAAAAUGAAUUCACGUAAAUUGUUGAAAACAACAUUCCAAAACAAAAAAGAAAUAGUUUCAGUGGUUUUUGAUGGAAUUAAUGACUACGAUUUGUUUAUAAAUAAAGUAAAGGAAACCUAUAAUAUUCCAUCAACUGAAGAAGUUCAAAUUUUUAACAAGAAAUUUUUAAUAAAACCAAACAUAUUCACCGAUUUGGUGGAACAGUAUCUAUCGUCAACGGAUUUUAUAUUGGACGUAAAUUUAAUAAAUGAUAAUUCUUCUUAUUCCACCUCAGACUCGAAUGAUGAAUUGGAAUCACAGGCUUCCAGUUCACAAAAUAUAAUAUUUGGAAGUACACAGCCUCAGGUUAUUAGAACUUUAACAUGUAUAACCGAUGAUAUUUUUAACCAAAGCCAGGGGAAUAUUUUUAUUGACAAAAAUGCUUAUCCUUCUGUUCCAUCAACGGAGGAAAUAAAAGAAUAUCCUGAAAUUAAGCAAUUAUUGCAAUGUAAUAGUCUGCAAAAUAAGGAUAGAACAAUUAUAGCAAAGAGUAUAGUGUCAAAUAUCCUGAGCCAAAAUGUGAAUAGACGUUUAUAUAAAGAUGAUUUGUUACAACUUUCCCAAUCAAUAAUAGAAGUAUUUCCAUCGGAAGUUAGAGAAACUUAUUACGUACCCUUUACAAAAGGUCAUUUGGCAAAGGGUAAAUUGUUUGACGCAUACAAUAAUAAGAGAACACAAUUAAGUGCAGCAGGACUGAUAAAUAGACGUGAAAACGUGGAAAAUAAAUGUGAGUAUGCUUAA